GUUAAUUUUACUUAAAGUUAGAACACAGGUUUUUUUUUCUUUCCUCCGUCCCGCAUUUGUGUUAGGGCUUUGAAGAAGAGAGCAAGUUGUUGGUCUUCAACGAUCAGCCAUGGCCGACGACGAUUACAACGAUAUGGACAUGGGGUAUGAGGAUGAGCCAGCAGAGCCUGAGAUUGAAGAAGGGGCGGAGGAGGAUAUUGAGAACAAUAAUAAUGAAGAUAUUAAUGGGGAACCUAUUGAAACUGAUGAUAAGGAAGCUGAGGAACCCGUGGAACGGCCUCGUAAGACAUCCAAGUUUAUGACCAAAUAUGAGCGAGCUAGAAUUUUGGGAACCCGUGCUCUCCAGAUCAGUAUGAAUGCUCCUGUAAUGGUUGAGUUGGAGGGUGAAACAGAUCCGCUGGAGAUUGCUAUGAAGGAGCUUCGAGAGCGAAAAAUACCUUUUACUAUCCGUCGUUACCUUCCUGAUGGAAGUUAUGAAGACUGGGGAGUAGAUGAACUGAUAGUUGAAGACUCAUGGAAGAGGCAAGUGGGAGGCGAUUGAUCAAUGGGCAAUCGGUUGUUGCAGACUGUAAUUUUGUUAUUGCAAAAUGACCUCCAAAACCAUUGUAUGAUAACUCUCAACUUGUCCCUUAAAAUAGUAUGACUUCUGAAUAUGUAGUAACUUUUGGCUAUUCACUCACAAAAAAACUUGCAAUUACUAACUUAA